AUGGCCAAAGGGCUCACAAUAGUGUUAGGAGUGUCUGCUCAGUUUGAAGGGUGCAACAAGGCGUUUUCUAGGCUUGAGAACCUUAAGAUUCACCUCCGAAGUCAUACUGGGGAGAAGCCGUACCUGUGUCAGCAUCCAGGCUGCCAGAAAGCCUUCAGCAACUCCAGUGACCGGGCAAAGCAUCAGCGAACGCACCUGGAUACUAAACCAUAUGCCUGUCAGAUUCCUGGCUGCUCCAAACGCUACACGGACCCCAGCUCUCUGCGCAAGCAUGUGAAAGCUCAUUCAGCCAAAGAACAACAGGUGCGUAAGAAGCUAAAUUCAUGUACUGAUAUCGAACAGGAUGUACUCAGUGAGUGCUUAGCUAUACAACAGCUCCACACAUCUUCACAACACAUUUUGGAUGGGAAAUGUGGUAGAUCUGUAGGUCAUCAUGACUUAAUCACAGGCAUGUACAGUGGUUCCAGCACUAACCAUAAUGGCCCCUCACCAGGUAUACUGCCUCAUGACAUCCCUUCAAGACAUCAUCCUCUUGACUCGGCCCUUUCCAGUCCACAUCACCAUCAGUCAUCAUUGGAGAGCGCCAGGGAAGGGCUGGCUCCCAACAUAAUCUCUCCACUUGUCAGCCCCCUGAAAGCAUUAGUUCCACCUUCCCUACUGCAGAAACACAGCUCUCCAUCAUCGCACAGCCAAUCACCAAAUGGGCAGCAGUUUUCUGGAAUACCAAAUAAACCGUACGCUCAAUUUCAAAACCAAUCUGUACAGCAGGGAUCUCAAGGUUACCAAGGCAGCUUUCACUCAAUACAAAACUGUUUCCACUAUGGAGACUGCUACAGAACAAUGGACCAGUCUGUCACCAGUGAUGUGCUAACAGGGGAAUCCCAUUGCUUUAAUCCUCUGAGACAUAAUGGCUAUCACAUACUCAGUGCACCUUUAGCUUCAACAGGCUAUGAUGCAGUCUCUGAAGCACAGUGUGUAUCUGAAGACAUGGUCUCCAAUGGAACCGAUGAGAAUGGAUUUUUCCCAAAUGGCGCCUUUGAUCACUGCUUGAAUCACAUUCCUCCCAUCUACACAGAUACCUAAGAGCAGUGUUGACCUUACUUCCUUUACUAUACCUAUAACUGUGUAUGUAAUAACAAAGGUGUUCAAGUACUUUUAUUUAGUCUGUAUCCCUAUAUGUGCUCAUUUAAGUAAACACCUCACAUUUACCAAACCAUUUUAUACACAAAUAGUCUGUGUAAGAUAAUAUUGAAACCUGUUCCUUGGCUGUGGCACUUUGAAAUUCAUGCUUUAAGGGAAUGAGGAGCAUUUCAAGCCGCUUGUUUUGUAAGUUCUCUUGAUAAAGUGUAAAUGUAAGUUAUAUAAUAAACUUGUAAAGAGGGUUUUUUUCCCUGAAAAGUAUGUUUCAAUUUGAGAAUGUCAGUCCCCUUAAUCAGUUUUUUUCUUAAAUCACUGGUCAAUUCUUCUUUUUUUUUAAUAACUAAAAGGAUUCUUUUUUUAAUCCCAGACCUCAUGUAUAUAAAAUUUUCAUUUGCUCAGCUUGUUUUAUAUGUUCAAUUUUACAAGAAAGCAUUAAAAACUGGAAACAAG